CUCUCCUCACGCCACCCGCGCAGCCAAGCUCCGCCCCUUGUUGGUGAGCGCGCAGGCGCGGCGUUGCCGUCACCCAGCUGGAGGCCCCCACAGAGAGGCUGGGCUUUGCGGGCCCGCCCCCUGAGGCGCAGGACGGUGUGACAGACUCGAGGCGAGGAGGAGGCGGGGUCAGGCGGCCGCUGUUGUUGUCGUCGCGCCGCCUCGGCCGUCCGUGGCCCCUCCCCUGCAGCUCCUCUCGCGUCUCUCUUCGCUCGCUGUGAGGGGUCGGGAGCAGCAGGCGCUGCCCCCGGCCAUGGUCCCCCGCUCGUCGUCUCGGAGGCAGGAGUUGCUGGGGCCACGGCCGCCAUUGCCGGAGGGGGCUGCGGGGCGAUGGACGCGGACGAGGUGACCAUCCGUGAGCAGAACUUCCACAGCCAAGUGCGGGAGUACACGAUCUGUUUUCUUCUGUUUGCUAUUCUGUAUAUUGUUUCCUACUUCAUUAUCAGGCGAUAUAAGAGGAAAGCAGAUGAGCAAGAGGAUGAAGAUGCUAUUGUCAACAGAAUUUCGCUGUUUUUGAGUACAUUUACUCUUGCAGUUUCAGCAGGUGCCGUCCUCCUUCUACCUUUCUCGAUAAUCAGCAAUGAGAUCCUGCUCUCUUUCCCACAGAGCUACUAUAUUCAGUGGUUAAAUGGCUCUCUAAUUCAUGGUUUAUGGAAUCUUGCCUCACUCUUUUCCAAUCUUUGUUUGUUUGUGCUGAUGCCCUUUGCUUUCUUCUUUCUGGAGUCGGAAGGCUUUGCUGGCUUAAAAAAGGGAAUCAGAGCACGCAUUCUGGAAACCCUUGUUAUGCUCAUUCUUCUCGCACUGCUUAUCCUCGGAAUAGUUUGGGUGGCAUCAGCUCUCAUAGACAACGAUGCUGCGAGUAUGGAGUCCUUAUAUGAUCUUUGGGAAUUCUACCUCCCCUAUUUAUAUUCUUGUAUAUCACUGAUGGGAUGUUUAUUACUUUUACUAUGCACACCUGUGGGACUUUCACGAAUGUUUACAGUGAUGGGUCAGUUGCUUGUGAAGCCAACGAUCCUUGAAGACCUGGAUGAACAGAUAUACAUCAUCACCCUAGAAGAAGAAGCUAUCAUGAGGAGACUCAGUGGUGUUUCUUACCCAGUGGAAUACAAUAUAAAGCAGCUGGAACAGGAACUUAGUAACGUGAAGAACAUGAAGACAAAAUUGGAACGCCGGAAAAAGGCUUCUGCAUGGGAGAGGAAUCUUGUUUAUCCAGCUGUAAUGAUACUACUGCUAAUUGAAACGGCAAUCUCAGUCCUCUUAGUUGCUUGCAAUAUUCUUUACCUGCUGGUUGAUGAAACUGCAAUGCCAAAGGGGUCAAGGGGGCCUGGAAUAGGGAAUGCCUCUCUGUCAACAUUUGGUUUUGUGGGAGCAGCACUUGAGAUCAUUUUGAUUUUCUAUCUUAUGGUCUCCUCUGUCGUAGGCUUCUAUAGCUUACGUUUUUUUGGUGAUUUCACUCCCAGGAAGGAUGACACAACCAUGACAAAGAUAAUUGGGAACUGUGUUUCUAUCUUAGUCCUCAGUUCAGCUUUACCGGUUAUGUCAAGGACAUUGGGCAUUACGAGGUUUGAUCUCCUUGGAGACUUUGGAAGAUUUAACUGGUUGGGGAACUUCUACAUUGUGUUAUCCUACAAUCUGCUCUUUGCCAUUAUGGCAACCCUGUGUCUGGUUAGAAAGUUCACCUCUGCAGUUAGAGAAGAGCUCCUCAAGGCAUUAGGUUUAGACAAACUUCACCUCUCUCACAAUGCAAGAGACUCUGAGGCAGCAAAGCCCUCUGCAAAUGGACAUCAGAAAACACUGUGAAAAGCUGUUGGUGGAGCUGUUCCCUUCAACUUCAUGACAUUCCUGUCAUUUUAUCACACCUGGUUUUUGUAUUGCUUUUACUUGUUUGUAUAUUGGGUCCAAAUUGAUAAAAAUGUACCCAGGAAAGCUGGGUGCAUCAGACUGCACUCUUUUAUUUCUUGCUCUGAUUGGUCCACAUUAACUACUCUUGUCAGCUGGUUGAGAGAUGUCUUGAAGCCUGGAAGCUGAGAAGAAAACAGCAUUCCUCUUUGAACGGACCUCCGUGUUGAUGUGUUAGCGUGCUCAGUGGAUAACUUCUGCACAUAAAUACAUUGCUAAAGAAAAAGGCUGAGUGUCUGAGAAAGCCUUGUUGGCUGGAAAUUGCAAACUUGGUGCCAGUGUUGCUGCUCUUCUGUUAAGAAUGCAUUAUGCAAACUGACAUUUUAUGGAGAGUACACGAAAGUGCAGCAUAGAUGCAUCCAUCUGCCCAUCCAAUCACUUUGCACCAUCAUUAUGUCUAAGAUACCAGCAGUUUUUAGUUGUAACUGAGAAACUUCCCUGCAGUUAGCACUAAAGACAAUUUUCAUUACAACUUGUGAACCACCAUGCAAUAACUUAAUCCUACACUUUAGUGCUAAAGCUGAGCCUGGUAAAUUGAGUAAAUUCAUAGACCUUUGAUCGUUGCAUACUUAACCAUGCAUAUGGGAUAUGUUAACAUGACUGUCACACACUCUGCUACAUAAUAUGCACAGCAGACGAUUGGUUUCCUUCUGAGUAAUAUGUCAGCUUUGUGCAUAAACAAUGAGAAAAGGAGGUAAAAUUGCACACAGAUUCACAGAUACUGUCUUAAAAUUAGCAUCCCGCUCCCUACACAACCCAGGUUAAAGUCUAAUGCCGUGCAUUUUAGCUCAUUGACGCAAACCACUUUCCCCAUCAGUUCCUUUAGUCUUGGGUUACAUAUAUACCUGUGUUUUGGGUUUUUUUAAUGCAUUAUAGCAGAUUACCCCAACCAGUUUUUGAGUAUGAAUAGAUUCCUAUUCAGGGGUUUAGAUAUGAUGUUGAUAGAGCAAGCAGUUUUCUUUGAUGUUGCCACCAUUUUGAAGUUUACAAACCCUGUGUGUGAAACAUGAAAUUGAAGGAAAUGAAAACUGAGCUUGUUUCCUAACAUACUUUGAGUAGAGCAGGACUUAUUGUACAGGCCAGUGUGAUUAUUCAGUGUGUAAUAUGAAGUGAUACUGGUAUUGCAUAGAUGAGUACUUCCUAUAGGUUUGGCCAAGAUGAUUAACUAGAACUUUGCAACUUUAAGCAUUUCACCUCCAUUUGCAAAUAUCUGUAUUACAUUAACCUUGGCAAAUUCAGGGCCUUUAAACUGGAUGUUGUAUUAUGUCCAGACGGCCCAGUAGGUUGUGCAGUUUUUUAAAGAACAGAAAGUUUAUAGCUUCACAAGCUUUCCCCACUGCUUGACUUUAGUUUCGAGUUCUUGGAUAUCAGAAACACAACUAUAUGUUUCAUGCAAAUAUUUAUGCAAAUUAUAAUGCAAAUUAAAUUUGCACAAAAACUUGCAUGAGUAGUAACUUUCUGAUGUUCAAUUCCAAACUGAAGUCAAGUUCUGGAAGGUAAAGUUUGAAGCAAAUACAUCACAGCAAUUUUACUAACAGUCAGUUGAAGUGGCUAAUGGAGCACAGGCAGGGCAGGACUUAACUUUAUGGAAUCAAUUCCAGGAAUGGAGAGAAAUGUGUAACUGCCCAGUACAAGAAUGUAAUUACAGCUGUAAUUUGAUCAGUUCACUCAGUAGAUAGAAAUGCUGAAAACUGUUCCUACUUGGAAUGGUACUAAUCAGUCUUAGGAUGGAGUUGGUGUCAUUUCAUGAUCUGUUUUUUAACAAGUUAUUCAUAAUGCUUGAUAUAGUGCACAUCCAAAACUGUUGUAUGGGCUGUCCCCAUAUGCUAUUCAAGUGACGGGAUGCCUCCACCCAGCACCACAUUAUGACACAUGUCGAUGUGUAUGUCACAAUAGGCUAGCGAGAAAUAUGCCUACAGACAAUUAAGUGCAUUCUUCAUAGUACAUGUAUGUCCACUAUACACCCUUAGGUUAAAAAGUAGACUCAGACCCCCAGUUUAUCCCCAUGACUUUUGCAGUCACAUAUUUUGAUCCAAGUAGAACAGAGUUGUUUGAAGGAGUUUGUGUGACUCUGGUUACCAUACUGUGGACAAAACUAAUGCAGAAAAUAUCAUGAAUUUGAAGGUUUGAUUUAGGCACCUGUUUCUUUUGGAUCCAUCUAGGUGUUUACUGCAAAAGGAACUAAAUGACAGGAUAAGAUAGAGAACGGUUAAAACCACCCAAAUUCUUCAUAGAAGCAAGCUGAUAUGUGACACCUCAAAACAAUAAAUGCAGUUCGGUGGUGGGGGAGAGAAGAUAAAAAGGAGUCGUCUCCAGCGUGAAUCUUGAUUGACAUGACUUGGUUCGCUGGGAACUACUGCAGUAUACAUCUCUAGUCAAAGUAACAUGAGUUGUACAUAAGGGGAAAUGCUUUUGUGGGAGUUUUGCCCUUGCAUUUUUGUGCAUGAUAUAUACAAAAAAGGCGUUCUAGUGCUUCUGCUAGUGGAAAUUCUGUCCAGGAUGCUACAGUGUAUAGGAUCAGGUGUGCCUUUCAGUUCCUGCAUUGGCAUACCUGGUUUUCCCCAAAGGGAACUUCCCAUACCCAGGCAAGAACAUGGCAGGAGAGGGAACCAUCUUGGACUUAAUAAGUGUGUUCUGGUGCCAAUGCAGCAAACUGUUUCCUACCAAUACAGAAAGUUAUAUGUAUAUCACCUUGUGAAAGGUUAGGCAAGGGGUACCUUAGCGCCCCCCCCCGCAACAUAUGCAAGAAAUCAUAAUACACAACUCUGGAAACAAAUGUGAGAUAAGACACCAGAAGAGUGAUAGUUUCAGGAUUUUGGUUCCCCACCUCCACCCAGCUAGAAAUAUGUGGUGUGACACCUGUUUCCUCUGUUCUAUACUUUGUCCAUUGAAAUGGUCAUUUAGCCCACAGUGCAAACUAUUUUAUAGAUGCAAUUCUACAUUCAAAUGUAAUAAAACCUAUAAAUACUUUUUAAAAAAUUAUAAAGGCUUAGAUGUGUUUCAAGCAGAAGCAUUUAGUAAUGACUUGAUGGAUAUUGACAAUGCAUUCCUAGUAGCCUGACUCAGGUAGAGUCAAGUGUUUUGUACCUUUCUGAGGUACAAAAAAACCUUUCUUUGGACAUCAACCAUCUGCCUCAUUUGUUAUGAGGCUAAAGCACAAAUAUGCUUUUGUUUUAUGAACUAGGUAUAUUAUCAAAUCAGACCAAAAAAUGUAUGCAAGUCAAGUGUCUUAAAGUGAGCCAGUGGGCUUUUUCCUCUGUUGGUAGCACAGUGUGUUAAUGCACCACGACAGGAUUGUUGUUGCAAAGCUGGAACACAUCUUUAGUAUUCAGCUUUUUAAGCUAAACUGAAGGGGACAUAGAAUGUUAAUUUUAGAAGUAGGAUUCACUAGGACACUUUGUUUACAGAUUGAAAUGUGAUACUUAUCUUCUACCCUUCUUUCUCCAGUAUCUUUUACACAGUUGUCUGUUUUACAGUGUCAAUUAAAGGAUUUGACAAGA